UGGCUCUCAUUCUAGCCACCGCACUUGUGAGAUAGGUAGUUGUCCAUUGCCGACUAUCCGACUGGAGCGAGAGUGCAUGUAAACAUCAGGAGAAAAGAGUGAGCGAGAAAGUAGAAAUACAACGUAACGGGUGUGACAGAGAGAGAGGAAAGGAAGAAACUUGACCAACUAUGGCCGUAUCAGCAACUCCGCCGGUCCUUUCUCCAACCUCCACUCCGGUGUCUGGCAGCUUAUUCCGCUCCGAUCCGCUGUACACUAGCCCAGCCGAGUCCCCGCGACUGACAAGCAGCAUGAUCAAUUCUUUCAUCAGCAGCGGAGGAGGCGUUGGAGGAGGAAAUGGAAACGGCACAAGCGGCAAUAACGAGUGCAAAAUGGUUGAAGUGCACGGGGUCAAGGUAGCUUCGUUCAACGUGGAUGGUCAAGAACUCAUCUGCCUGCCGCAGGUCUUCGACCUCUUCUUGAAACAUCUGGUCGGGGGUCUGCAUACCGUCUACACCAAACUGAAGCGGCUGGAUAUAUGCCCCGUCGUGUGCACGGUGGAGCAGGUCCGGAUUCUGCGGGGGCUUGGGGCUAUUCAGCCUGGGGUGAAUCGCUGCAAACUCAUCACCCGCAAAGACUUCGAAGCGCUUUACAACGACUGCACCAACGCCAGCUCUAGACCAGGCCGCCCGCCGAAGCGUUCCCUGGGGGUAGCGAUGCAGGAAAGCUCCAGGCUCCUUCCCCACAGCGUCCACGGCCUACUGUCGCCCGGCCUCCUCUCCUCCAUGUCUCCCGGAGUAUUUAUGUGUUGUCCCGCAGGGCUGACUGCUGCGGCGAUGGCUGAGGCUAUGAAGCUACAGAAGAUGAAGCUGAUGGCCAUGAACAAUCUGCACGGAGCUGGCAGCCAGAACGGUACCGAGUCAGAGAACGACGAGCUCAACUCCAACGCAGGCGGCAGUGAGUCCUCCUGGGACAAAGAGAAGCUCCAGUCCCCCCCCUCCUCUGGUGCUGCCCACGGCCUCGGUCACGCAGGCCUGUCAGGGCAGCACGGUCUGACAAGCCCCCACCUCAGCUCCCUGCAGCAGAACCAUCUACUGGCUAACCGACUGGAUCUUCCCUUCAUGAUGAUGCCCCACCCCCUGCUGCCCGUCAGCCUGCCGCCUGCGUCUGUUGCCAUGGCAAUGAACCAGAUGAACCACCUGAACACCAUCGCCAACAUGGCCGCCGCAGCUCAAAUGCACAGCCCCUUGUCCAGAGCGGGAGCGUCUGUCAUCAAGUCUGACCCUCGGUCUCUGUGGCAGGAGUGCAUCCAGGACAGCCCCUCUCCGGCUCCUUCCAUGGAGGAAGGUCCCCGCCCGGGCUCGCAGCCCUCCUCGCACCCCAGCAGCAGUGCCUCGAGCUCCCCUGCCCCGCACCAACACAGCUCAGAUCGCUUGGUGAUGAAUCCCGUCGAUGGAGACCUUGGAGACAGAGAGGCUGGGAUCAACAUGAAGAAGAUGUUAAAAGACAAAGAUGAGGCCCAGUUGGCCCUGCCAAUGAUGAAGCCGGGCUUCGAGAAGAUGCCGCUGGGUGGGCAGACCCUGCCACCGGGCUUCCCCGCCCCCUUCCUCUUCGCGGACGGCCUCAACUCUGUGGAGACCCUACUGACCAACAUCCAGGCGGCACAGGGCCUGCUGAAGGUGGCGGUGGACAACGCCCGCGUGCAGGAGAAACAGGUCCAACAGGAGAGGAAGGAGCUCAAGAUGGAGCUCUAUAGAGAGAGGGAGAUGAGAGAGAGUCUGGAGAGACAGCUCACAUCCGAACUGCACAGCCGAGCCACCAUCCAGAAGCGCCUGAAGAAGGAGAAGAAGGCCAAGAGGAAACUGCAGGAGGCUCUGGAGUUCGAGUCCAAGCGUCGUGAACAGGUCGAGCAGGCACUCAAAACGGCUACCUCCGCAGAAAACCUCCGCAUGAGUCUCAAUGAGGCGAUGAUACCAGAGGUGGAACCGGAACAUAACGGCAGCCAGCAGGAGAACUCGGCCGUACAGGAGAACAGACCCUAUACCAAGCCUCCCAUUAUGUACUGAGACCUCCUGCUUCUCCAGACCAGGCCCAGGGCUGCCACUUCAGGCUUCCCAGAGACAAGAGCCCCUGGCUGGUAGAGGACGAGAGGAGAAGACAGGGGUUGACUGGAGGGAGGAACGGUCCCCAAAGCCUUCCCCUGAAACUUGUGUACAGGACUACAGAGAGAACGUGGUGGGGCGAGAGGCAACACUGGUGUGCCACUUAAUACUGCCUCAUCGCCUCGCUUCAGCUACUUGUAUAAAAAUCCCUCUAUUUUACUUGUUUUUGACUACUUUUGUUCAAGCCUCUUUGAGAAAAAAAAAAAGUAAGGACAAUUGAAAAUAAAACUCUGAUUUUUUUCUCUACUCCCUGGAAGCACAGUCAGAAGUCUUUUCCCCGUCCUGUAUCUCCCAAGUCUGAUUUCCUCUCGUUAUUAUUAUUGUUAUUAAUUAUUGUUGUUAUUAUUAUUAUUAUUAUUGUUGUUAUUAGUUGUUGAUUCCUCAAAUACCCCGGUAUCUCCCAAUAGCACAAGUCUUGCAGCGCAUAUAUAGGACAAUGCCUUCUUAAAGCUUACAAAUCUGGAGGAGGAUAUGAAAUGUCACCUUCAAGACGAAAUGUGCUUCUAUCCCUAAAUCGCCUUUUCCUUGUUGAGGAAAAGUGACUGAAACGGUUUUUGAAUUGUUAGACUUUUACAUUUUCCUCCCAAUUUUUUUCUGGGUGGAUGGGGGGUGGGGUGGUGGUUGUUGUUGAAAAAUGUCACUACUGGCUUUUGACUUAGGAAUGUGUCCUCUCCAAACCGCAUUGUUUCAGUGUUUUUGUUCUUCUUUAAGUGUGUUUUACUCAAAAGCUCAGUCUGGAUACAAAGAAAGAGAUAUUGAGGCAUGUCCUAUGAAGAACCUUCCCCUGUAUUGACUUCUGUUGCUCAGUGUUUAGUUCCAUUGCUGUUAAAAAUACAGUAUUUCAGUAACCUCUUCUGUUUUCCACCUCUUUUGUUUUUUAAAGACAUGUAAAAAAAAAAAAAUGCUUUAGCGUUUGCUAUUCUGACAUCGUAAUAAAGUGGAAACAUCUUUUGUGAAAAGGAAAAAAAAAAUGAAAAUGAAAUACCCCAAUGCACAUCUGAUGCAAGCAUGCAUGUAGAUACAACACUGGUAAAGUAACACUUCCUGGUUUAAAACAAGCUGCCAAUUCAAAUAUAUUUUUUACGAGUGUGGGGAAUUUCAUUAUGACCAUGAUCAGAAUCCAGGCAGCUACACUAUCUAACAUUGUUGACCUUGUUUUAAUGAAAAUAGUAUCACACUACAAACUUGCACAUAACACACAAAAGAAUAAAACCUAAUUCUGGACAUCUUGGUAGAUGUUUUUUUUUUGGUUUGUUUUUAGUAAUAAACUUCUAGAUUCAGA